CAAUCUCAGCCUCCACUAUAGCAACAGUCUCCGAGCGUUUUACACUAUUUCAGACUGCACAUCAAAACAUUAGAGGAAAACAACGCGUUACGGCCAACGGAAGUAAUCGUCACUGCACUCUAAAUUCAUUUGAAACGCACACAAUUGCCCGCGGACCUGCAGACGGCCCGAGCGCAGAGGAUGGCGAAUUACCGGGCGUUUCACACGCAGCUCGCGACCAUCAUGGAGACGCUGACGCGCGCGGCGGUGGCAGAGAUCUGCGAGCUGGUGGACGACGGCUACGCCGUUUUACACCUCGAGAUCUCGCGCCACCAGAAAGAAAACGAGGAGCUCCGACGGAAACUCCAGCUCAUAGAGUCUAUCGUUGCAGCGCGGAGCUUCUGUGACGAGAACGCAUCAGUUCGGGACGCUCGGUGUGACAGCAACGCUCGCGAAGUGCCAGUGAGCAGACAAACGUCCGGAGGAGAAUCCACCAGCCGGGGUGCCUCAGCGGAGUCUCGCGAGGAAGGAGAUCUGAUUCAGAUCAAACAGGAAGGUCUAGAGCAGACACCCCUCGGAGAUGAAGACGAGGAUGAUGAUGAUGGUGAUGAUGGUGAAAGUGCCUCUGCAGUAACUCACGACUCUCCCAAACCAGAAGUGUCUGAAAUUUCAGGGCAGGAUUCCCACAUGCUUGCACACUCCCCCAUGCACGACCCGCACUGUCACACACUUUUACACUCCCCUGAGCAAGACUCUCGCUCUCAUACACUAGUAUUCGCAGACACACACUCAGGUGCCGACGAGUCCCAGCACUCCAGUGUCGAUUUGACGGUUUCGGAUGAUGCUUCCUUCUCCCUCUCGCAAACCAUGUCGGAGACACAUGCCUCCCAUCUUCGAGUAUUUCAGGAAGAUUUGUGCGUGAAGCCAGAUCUGGAUCUGGUCUCCGACUGGGCCGCUCACUCUGUCCGUAACACACUCGUGCACUCACAGACCUCUCCGCAGAGGCUCGGUGGGUCAGAUCCACUUGUAUCCCAUGGUUCCUCUUUGUUUGCUAAACAGAGGCUGGUCGCCCUGGGGCACGUCCCAGGACUUAGUCUAUAUGGGCGACUGGGCACUUUGCAGGUAGGCGGAGCCAACAAGAGACACUUCAUCUGCUCGAUUUGCGGGAAGAGUUUCACAACGUCGCAGAGUUUGGACACACACAUGCGCAUUCACACGGGGGAGCGGCCGUAUCGCUGUGAGCAGUGCGGGAAGCGUUUUACUCAAUCUGGCCAUCUCACGGCUCACCAGACUGUGCAUACAGGGGAGAGACCGUACGAGUGCACACGCUGUGGGAAACGCUUCGCAGGAAAGCAGUACCUGCGCAUACACACCAAAAAACACCAUCCCGACUUACACACACUCUCACAUGUACCAUCACACACUCAGCAAGAAUCACUGCCUUGACUUUUACACAAACCGAGAGAAUCGCCAUAUUUGUCUAUUUACUUUUUUUAUAUUUAUAUACAUUUUAGUUGUUUUACGACAUGAAACACAAAAACCUGGGAAGCUUAUUGACUUUAUGUACCCAUGAGAAUCUUUCUGUUCAGUAUUUACUAAAACCUGCUUAUGGAAGCCAAUAAAUGUGGGUUAAAACAUCUAUGUGAGCCAAAACUCACAUUAAAGGGAUUGUUCACCCAAAGAUAAAAAUGACUUGAUCAUUACUAAGCCUCCUUGUAAGACUUACAUGUAAGACUUACUUUCUUCUGUUGAACACAAAAGAUAUUCUGAAGAAUGUGGUAACCAAACAACACUAGCCCUCACUGACGAACAUUUUAUGGACUCAAAACUCCGAGACAUUUCUCAAAAUAUUUUAUUUUGUGUUCUGCAGUUGAAAAGAGUCAUGUUCAGGUUUUGAUUGACAUGGUGAUAAAUAGAUGACAAAAUAAUGAGUUUGGGUGAGUUAUCACUUUAAGAUUCCUAAGGGCACGUGCACAGACAUCAACUUGACAUGUUCAAAAGGAAAUAUGCGAUUGCACUUAAAGAUGUACUUGAUGUACAGGGUAAUGUGUGGUUAUUUUAAUGAGUUUAGUGUAAUCUAAAUUAGAUGUAAUUAGAUUUUACAUUUAUAUUUGCAGUUUUAGGAGAAACACUAACUCUGUCAGUUUUAAUUAACAAAAAUAAAUGUUGGACAAAACAACUGCCUUUACGGAAAGUGUUUGUUACUUGAUAACUUAACUAAAUACUACUUAUAAAUGAACUGGCUAUCAACCCAGCUGAGAUUACCUGGAGCCAUGUUAAUAAUCAUGUUCUAAAGAAUCGCAAAGUUAAAGUUGAAAGAAGGGUUGGGUAUUGUUUGAA